AUGAUAAUACGGCGAACUGAACUCGGAAAUGUAACCGAUGUUACCGUAAUCAAUGUGGACGUGGAGCUGGUUAAGGCGCUGUACUCCCUGCUGCCGCGCCCGGUGAGGUUCGUCUCCAGAACAUUCUACUGGCCGAACGGUGCUGUGUUCAACGACGUCUAUGUCAUUCAGUUCGAGGACAUUUUCAUAUUUGAACAAGGAAUGGACUCCGUCAGACGAGACCCUUUUUGGAGUCCGCGAGCGAAAUUCAUUAUUAUCAUUGAGCACCUGGAAAAUUAUCUUCAAGAUGUAUCGGAUUUUCUUCUACGUAAUCAUAUUUACAACGUCGCUCUUGUUGCUUACUCGGGCGAUCGUAAUGUAUUGGUUUAUACAUUUGGCAAUCAAUACGACCAGUGUAAUCGACCUGUACUAAAUAUGCUAGAAACGCGGUUCCGUUGUUCAGAUUCAGAAGUUCAGGAUAGAGAUAUCGACGAAAUUUUUAGAUCUAAGUUGAAACCUAAACUCCUGGGCUGCCAUGUUAAAUUUGUGUCGCACAAUUAUUGGCCUUUUGUGUCUUUUGAGGGCAGGGAUGCUAUUGAGAAUUAUUUGUUAAGACUAAUUCGUGAAUACGAAGGUAUCACGGUCGAACUUGUAGAUUUCGGAAAGGUUGAACAAUUUGGAUCACGUUUGAAUAACUUUACGUACACGGGUAUGUUGCACGAGAUUGAAACAUACCACGUGGAAGGAGCUAUAGGCGGUUACUAUCUAACUUAUGAUCGAAUGUCAAACUUGGAUUUCAUCGACCCUUACAUUAUUGAUCGCCACAAAAUAAUUCUACCUCGAGCAAAACUACUCAACGAGUGGUCUGGAGUCUUAAAACAAUUCGGGGAACUAGCUUUGUGGGCGAUUUUUGCAAGUUUUUGCAUAAUCUGUGUCACAGUUACGCUCAUGGGAAUAUUUAAAAAGCAAGUAAGAGAUACGAGUAGGGAUAUCCUCAUCGUCUGGGGUUAUUUUUUCAGCAACAUCGGUAAACAGAAGGCUAAAUCAGGUAUAGCAUACAGAAUGGUGCUAGUAAAUAUACUUAUAUACGUGUUUAUAAUAUCAUACGCUGCUCAAGCCUCCUUGCUGGGCGCUACAACGCAUCCAAUUCGAGAUUAUCAGCCUAAAAGCCCCGGGGAAGUCGUUUCCAACUACCAGUUACUGAUCACUCCCAACUUAUUUAAUCACUUAUCGAGAUAUUCACAUUUCGACUUGACGAACGCCAGCACAAAUUGCAAUACGACUAUAGACUGCAUGACGAAGGUCAUGAAUGGUGAUCAUCGCCUUUUUACAAUAGCGUCCGAUAUGCACAUUCGUUCAUACGUUUGGAAGUUCGCCGAUAAGAACGGUGAGACGAAGAUCCAUACUAUUAGAGAGCCUGUUGGAACCCUUCUGAAGACUAUGUACCUUCGGCGAGGGUCGCCUCUAGUGGGGCCCUUGAACAAACUUCUUCGAAGGAUAUAUUAUUCAGGUUUACUGCAAUGGUUUGGCAAUAGACUGCAUUUUGCUGAACGCUUUAAGUACAAGUUUCGCGCGCGCAGAGGAAAGCCCCAAUCUUUGAAAGGGUUGAGAGGUGUGUUCAUGAUUUUGGUUUUUGGAUACUGUAUGUCGGCUAUCUCGUUCUUACUCGAAUAUUUACUAUAUGCAUUCAUGGUUUUCUAUGGAACAGCCUUCCGACACAUAAGAUAA